AUGAACCAAGGUGACGCUAAUAUCGUUGAGGAAGUGACUAAAUGGGCUGAACGGGUGUCGGUACAAGAGGGCCAACGACGGGGCGAGAAGGGGUAUUGGAUCAGACGAUCAACGAACGAAGGAAUGGGCAGGCGUUGGAAGAGGAUGGACGGGAGAGGGAAACAGAGAGUCAAGGGCGUCGUAGAGGAUGCGAAAUUUUGGGUUGGCGCGAAAUUGACGUUUACGGAGACGAGCGAGGGAACGAAGGUCAACGUUGGGGAGGAACUCGAAUCUGAGACGUGUGGGCCGUCUCGCGAACACAGACGCCCCACGGUGUUGGCGCGAUCCCAUGCCAACUCUCCUCCCAACACCGCCGAACCCGCCUCUCUUCCUUCACCGUCUCUAUUCACCCCGCCUCUCUUCCUCCACCGCUAUCCAUUGACUCCGACUCUCCUUCCUCCAUUACUAUCGCGUCUCGUUCAUACCUAUCAUCAAAGGUCAGGCCUGCGCUGUACAAUGGACGACGUGACUAAGGGCUUCCUUAGGGGUCCACGACGCGGGAGCACGUCAUUCGGGUCGCGAUGGAGUGGUUGCGCUCAGCAGCAAUCAUGCAGGCAAUCUCGAACCGACUCGGGUAUCCGGUUCGACGCCUGCAAUGUUGGAUCAUCGUUAAAGAGCGCCAUCGAAGCGAAGAUCGCGAACCCCACAUUACCAUUCGAGGAUACCGACACGGCUCCGCGAUCUUCGCUUCGGGAGCGCGUGUUCGUGCCAAAACAUCUUGUGUCCACUUAUGUAGCUACUAUAGGCCUGAUGACCUUGUUGGACGAGCAUUCGAAACUGUCCACCUAUGUGACGUUUCCCUUACUUGCAUGA